AUGGCUAAUAAACCAAAGCAGCAACAAAAAAAAAUACCGCACGAGACUAUUGAAAAUGUCUUUUUAUUCAUACCAAAUAUUAUAGGUUAUUGCCGUGUUAUUCUUACAAUAGUAUCAUUGUAUUACAUGCCGUCUAAGCCGUGGACGUCAAUGAUAUUAUAUAUUAUUUCAUGUUUAUUAGACGCUAUAGACGGAAAUGCUGCUAGAUAUUUUAAUCAAUGUAGCAAGUUUGGUGCAGUUUUAGAUAUGGUCACGGAUAGAUCUACUACAACUUGUCUAUUAUGUUUUCUAUCUUCUGCUUAUAAGUCAUGGGCUAUAGUGUUUCAAUUAUUAAUAUCCUUGGAUCUUAGUAGUCAUUAUAUGCAUAUGUAUAGCUCUCUGAUAGCUGGUUCCGCCAGUCAUAAAAAAAUUUCAAAAUCAUCAAAUCCAAUUUUAAGAGCUUAUUAUUCAAAUAAUAAUGUUCUUUUUUCUUUUUGCGCAUUCAAUGAACUUUUCUUUGUAGCAUUAUAUCUUUUAUCAUUUGAGAAGUCUUCUGUUGAAUCAUUAGGAGAUUUAUCUUUAAUUCAUAUAUUGGCCUUAAUUUCAUUCCCCAUUUGUGCUGGCAAACAAAUAAUUAAUAUAAUUCAAUUAGUCGGCGCAAGUCAAAACUUGGCAAAAAUUGAUAUUGAAGAUCGUAGAAAAUCAUUAAAAUAA